GGGAGACCGGGUGGGGGGGCGGGGCGGCCUGGCUGGCGCUUCUCUCGUUCCCGGAGCCGGAGCCGGAGCCGGAGCUGGGAGGGUGGGAGCUGCGCAGGCUGCUGCAGCGGGAGGCAGGCCCUGCGGGCGAGCGGGCGGGCGGUCCUGAGUCCGGCUGGAAACGGCCGCAGCCGAGUAGGGGGCGGGCCGGGGGGCCGGGCCUCGACUAGCCUCUCCUUGCCGGGCUCCGGUCUCUUCCCCGCCCGGCUCCGCCUCAUCCUUAGGGGAGGAGGUGGCUGCGCUGGCGGGACCCGAAAGCCGAGAGAGCCGGAGGCGAGUCCGGCUCCGAGCGUGUCCGGGCCCUGGGCCAAGCAGUAUGGCUUACUAUGCUAAGUUAUAUAUAGAAAUUCAGGGACCAUCAGACCUUCCACCUCUACAACAAGCUCCUUGUGACAAUUAACGUCCAUCUAUAAAUUGAUCUUCUUGGCACUUGUUCUGGGUUGAAGCUCGUGGAUAAUGGAAACAUUCCCCUGGCAAUGUCUCUGGGGCGACUCCUUCGACGAGCCUCCUCAAAAGCCUCUGACCUCCUGACCCUCAACCCCAGCGGCAGCAGUGGCCCUCCCUCCAUACUGGAUGGGGAGAUCAUCUACUCGAAGAACAAUGUCUGUGUCCACCCCCUGCAGGUUCUGCAGGGCCUUGGGGAGCAUCACCCAGGUUAUUUGUGCUUGUACAUGGAAAAGGAUGAACUUCUGGGGACCACGCUCAUCCUCGCUUGGGUCCCUAACUCCAGGAUCCAGAGGCAAGAUGAAGAGGCCCUGCGCUACAUUACCCCUGAAAGCUCCCCUGUGCGCAAGGCUCCCAGCAAACGAAGCCGUCGUGUUCAGGGCUCUGGAGAGCCUCAUCAUCCCUCCCCCAUGGAACAAAAAUACCCUCUGACCCCUAAGGAUGAGGACAUCUUAGUGGUGGCCCAGAGUUUCCAAGAUACCGUCCACAUAAGCUCCUCAUUAGAAGAUGGGGAAAAGCUAUCCCAAGGCUUGGGGACAGAUAGUCCUAUCCAAGCUACCCAGCCUGUCCAUAGUGACUCAGGAAUCUUAUCUACUAUCAGUUCUCAGGAUGAGCCAAAUAGGUCUGAGUUGUCAGUGGAUGGUACAGAGGAGGGACCGGAGUUGAGGCCAGAGCCCGGAGAAGAGGAAGGCUCCUUAGAGCUCUCUGCUGAUGAUGUGAGCAGGGACAGUACUUUUGAUUCUGAUUCUGAUGCCUUUUCUUCACCCUUCUGCCUCUCACCAAUAAGUGAAGCCCUUGCAGAGAGCAGCAGUUCUGUUUUUCUGGAUGAUGAAAAUAGAGAGACAUGUGACAAUCACAUGACAUGUUCCACCAGCUCCACCUCCAGCCUUGACACCAACCUCCAGUUCCCUGAGAACAGCGGCCAACUGCAGAUCUCCAAAUGGGAUGAGCAGCAAAAGGUGUUUGCCCUGGAACAGAUCUGUGGGGUGUUUCGGGUUGACUUGGGACAGAUGAGGUCUCUCCGCCUUUUCUUUAGCGAUGAGGCCUGUACCAGUGGGCAGCUGGUUGUUGCUAGCCGAGAAAGUCAGUACAAGAUCUUCCAUUUUCACCACGGUGGCCUGGAUAAACUGUCAGAAGUUUUUCAGCAAUGGAAACACUGUACUGAGACUCAUCUCAAAGACCAGGUCUCCAAUGAAAAGACUUGUAUGCAGUUCUCCAUCCGACGUCCCAAGCUUCCUUCUUCAGAGACCCACCCAGAGGAGAAUAUGUACAAAAAGCUGGAUGUCUCCACCUGGCUUAACCACUUGAAUGAGUCUGGGCAGGUGGAAGAGGAAUAUAAGCUACGUAAGGCCAUUUUCUUCGGCGGCAUUGAUGUGUCAAUCCGGGGCGAGGUCUGGCCCUUCCUGCUGCGCUAUUACAGCCAUGAGUCCACAUCGGAGGAACGAGAGGCACUGAGGGCGCAGAAGAGGAGGGAAUACUCAGAGAUCCAGCAGAAAAGGCUUUCAAUGACUCCAGAAGAACAGAGAGAAUUCUGGCGCCACGUGCAGUUCACUGUUGACAAAGAUGUGGUUCGAACAGACCGGAGCAAUCAGUUCUUCCGAGGAGAGGACAACCCAAAUGUGGAGAGCAUGAGGAGAAUUUUGCUGAACUAUGCGGUAUACAAUCCAACCAUUGGAUACUCCCAGGGCAUGUCAGACCUGGUGGCUCCCAUCCUGGCUGAGGUUCUAGAUGAAUCCGAUACCUUCUGGUGCUUUGUAGGUUUGAUGCAGAACACGAUCUUUGUCAGUUCUCCCCGAGAUGAGGAUAUGGAGAAACAGCUGCUAUACCUUCGUGAGCUGCUUCGCCUGACCCACCUACGUUUUUACCAGCACCUUGUUUCUUUGGGGGAGGAUGGCCUACAGAUGCUUUUCUGCCACCGCUGGAUCCUUCUGUGUUUUAAGCGAGAGUUUCCGGAUGCAGAGGCACUGCGCAUGUGGGAAGCAUGCUGGGCCCAUUACCAGACAGACUACUUCCAUCUCUUCAUCUGUGUGGCCAUUGUGGUGAUCUAUGGUGAUGAUGUCAUUGAACAACAGCUGGCCACUGACCAGAUGCUUCUGCACUUUGGAAACCUGGCCAUGCACAUGAACGGGGAACUUGUACUCAGGAAGGCGAGGAGUUUGCUGUAUCAGUUCCGCCUUUUGCCCCGGAUCCCAUGUAGUCUACAUGACCUCUGUAAACUCUGUGGGACAGGCAUGUGGGAUAGUGGUUAUAUCCCUGCUGUGGAAUGUACUGGGCACCAUCCUGAAUCUGAGAGUUGUCCAUAUGGUGGGACAGUGGAGGCACCUUCUCCAAAAUCUGCCAUCGAAGGCAAGAAGGGCCCAAAGACACGAGAGGUCUUCAACUUCCGCAAAUAGGGCCAGUUUCUAGAGCUGGAGAGGGGUUGGAGGGAAUGUUUCCAGGGGAACUGUCUAAAAAGGGCAUCAGGAUUAGACAAGGGUAUAGGGUAGAAGAAAAGAAGAAGCAGUGUUUACCAAAAAUACAGUUGAAAAAAAUGGUGAACAAACUUUUCUUUUUUAGUGCCAGCAUCAGAAACCAGGAGAAACAGAAUGAAGAUGUGACCACUAACCCAAAGAAAAUUCAUCUCUGUGACAGAAUGACAUAGUGGGGUCUCACUCCUAGGUUAGCAGAAGAACCUUUCUUAUUGCCUAUUUGAACUAAGGAGUAAUUUUCCAGGAUAAUCUAUUUCCAUUUCCAUCACUGGCCCAGAGUCAUUAACAACUAAACUUCAAACAUAGGAAAAUAGAUAUGUAAGGAAGGCCAACCAAGCUCAGCUUUCUAUGUUGGAAAGCAUAUGGGUUAAGAGUAGUCCUCAGGUGAAAUCUUGAAGAUAAGUCCUCAAGCUCUCUCUCUCUCUCUCUCUCUCUCUCACACACACACACACACACACACACACACACACACACGCACGCACAUACAAUCAUCAUGCACAAAUUUUCCCUCUUGAAACCAAAACCUACUGCCUAAGUGACUUCCAGCCUGAGCCAUAAAGUUGUCACUAAAAAUAGCCCAGUUGAUUUGGGGAUACUGGGACAGGGUAGGAUAGGAUUUGGGGAGUUUGUGGCUUUUCACAAUGAUACUACGAGCUUUUUAUACUCCCUCACAUGUGAAAGAAACUGCCUCCUCUUGAGCCUAAGCAAUAGGCUUUUGGAGAAUGUAUGAUUCAUCUCCCUUGGCUUCUUUCUGGGAGCUAACAGGUUUUCUACAUAAGGGUUUUCUGCCAGGUUCAUUGCUUAGCCCUACCACAUACAGUAGCCAAAUGGUGUUUGAAUGGGUAAGAGUAUUUUGUGUGAUUUUGUGUGUGUGUCUAUAUAUUUGAGUCAUCAAAAAAAGGUGGAUUCAUUUAUGGGAAGUGACAGCCCUCUUCAAAAGUAUCUGGAGAUAGCUACUGCUCUGUGAUCUUGGCUUUCAAAGAGCCAAAUAUUGUCACACUUAAGUAGCCAGUAUUUAGGGCUGCCUCCACUUCUUGUGGGUGACUUAAGUCCUUCCAACCUAUUUAUCCCUACGAAGAGAAUAUGUUAACUGUCCCAUGUUAGAACUUAGAGAGAAUAGUGUGACCUAUGAGAAUCCUUUUGGUCAUCCUGAAAAGGGACAGAGCGCCUAGUCCCUUCUCCUGAAAACCUGCUUGAAAUGGUGGACAAGCAGACUUCAUUCCACUGAUGCUUUAGGCCUCUGAAUUCUUCCUCUUUCCAAGCAUUUCAGGUACUCCAGCCUCUGAAUAAGAUCUUUUUUCUGCUCCGAGUUGUAUGAAUUGAAAAGUUAAGCUGAAUUGUACCAUUUAAAAAUAUAUUUAUCAGCAAUAAAGAUUUAAGUUACCA